AUGAAAACGACCGAAAACCCGGUUGCAAUGGCGACAGUGGCACCGAUGGCACCGAUGACGACCCAACGACCUGUUCGUACCGACCUCGAGUCUUCCAUUUUUAAGCCCUACAUGGCUAGAGCUAUGGUUGCACCAGACAUGGAACAUCCUGACGGCACACCGGAACACAAGGCUCGAGGCAUGAGCGUACUCCAACAGCACGUUGCCUUUUUUGAUCAAGACAACAAUGGCAUCGUUUAUCCAUGGGAGACGUAUACAGGGCUUCGAGCAAUCGGGUUCAACGUACUUUUUUCAUUGCUUGCGGGGCUAUUCUUCAAUUUAAUAUUUACUUGGCCCACACACCCGGGUUAUAUGCCUUCCUUGCUGCUACCAAUUCACAUAGCCAACAUACAUAAAGGCAAACAUCCAAGUGAUUCAGGGACAUAUGAUACAGAAGGAAGGUAUAUGCCAGUUAACUUUGAGAGCAUGUUUAGCAAAUAUGGCAAAACAGCACCCGAUAAGCUAACCUUCAAAGAGUUGUGGAACAUGACCGAAGGAAAUCGUGUUUCAUUUGACAUCAUCGGAUGGGUAAUGACUAAGUUCGAAUGGGGGGCUGUAUACAUUAUUGCUAAAGAUGAAGACGGGUACCUGUCAAAAGAUGCCAUGAGAGGUGUCUUUGAUGGCAGUCUAUUCGAACGCCUUGCUGAAAAGAAUGCAGCCAAAAAGAGGUCUUAAAAUCUGAAGGUAUAUAUAUGGAGUUGAUAGUUAAAGACCUUAAUCCCAAGUAAAUAAACAUGUGUAAAAAGUACAAAUGUUAUGGUAUGCAAUACGCACAACGGCACAAGAAACAUUUGUACAAGUAGUAAAC